GUGUGUGCGUGUGCGUGCGUGCGAUUGUGUGUGUGUGUGCGUGUGUGUGCUUGAUGGCGCACUGCUAUUAUACUUGGUAGUUGUAGUUUCGAUGCUGAACAACAGCUCUUGUUUGGUAGCUGGUGAAAGGAGGCUAAUAAAAAGCAGACAACCUUUUUUAAAAAGGAUAACAUAAACUAGAUUUGUAAAGUUUGUCGCGACAAACUUUGUUGUUGGCUUUGACGGUGCAAGUAUUCGCAAAGGCCGGUGCUUUUUGGAGGCUAGUGGACAUAAGGCCAGUUUCUCUGCACCCUUGUGCUGUCUGGCACCUUAAAACAGUCUACUGGCAGGACACAUCCAAAGGGGCUGAGAGGAAGACCUGAGGCUAGGAUGGAGACAGCAUUGGGUGCAUCUGCCCCCAAAACAUGAGAGAUGAUCGAGUUGGCAAGGUUGCCCCUUGAAAGCAUCAGGGAAGGUUGGCAAGGUUUUGGCUUGGACCCGCCUCAGUUGGCUGUCCUUAGAGGCCUGAUGCCCAAGGGCUCAGUCCUUUAAAGCUCGCCUGGUGGAGAUAGAUAACCCCUGAUCCGCUGUUCUCAGGUGAGACUGUGCCAGAGGGUGCUAGCCAGCUCCACAUUUCUGUGAGAGGAGCAUGGGCUACCACACUGGCUUUUUGCUCCUGCCUAUGAGAGAUAGGCUUGGGCUGGGGCUGUCUAGUGGACAGCCCAGGUUCAUGGAAUUGCCAAGGGAUUAGCUCUCUGAAUGCUGAUGACUUCUGUUUAGCUUCCUGGUACCUGUCGAUGACCAAACAGGCCAUGAGAAGAUAUUGGGUCAUCCAGGAGAAAGGCUUUAUCGUUAGCCUUGAUCCCUGUCGCAUUAAGCCAUAGGUGCCUCAAUGACAAACAUAGCAGCCAUAGAAUGACAUAGGCCAUAAACUUGGUGUCAUGGAGGGUAAAGUCUUCUCAGCUGGAGAAAGAGAGCUCAGCUACUACCACAGGGUUUAAUCCCUCACCGAUAUUCAGCUCCCCCAGCAGGUUGGCUUUGUAGGCCUGCAAGCUCUACCCUGGCCUGCCACCAUGUAGGCUCAUAUAUGUGUGUGAAUGACGUAGUCAAGAGACAUUUUUGUGUACAAAUGUCUGGUCAGCAGUUUCUGGGAGAAAAAAAAUAAACAGCCCACUUUGCAUCAAUUAUUAUCUUCUUCUUCUUUCGGCUUUUCCCUUCAGGGCUCGCCACAGCGAAUCAUCUCUCUCCACCUAUCCCUAUCUUCUGCAUCUCAACACUUGCACCCACUAGCUUCAUAUCUUCAUUAAUUACAUCCAUAUACCUCCUUAUCAUGCCCCUAUCAAAGUCACUGAGGUAAUAUUUUUAUCCCUGGUGUUUAAUGUAAAAGUUCACCCCACAAUAUAAUAUGAAUAACAUUUUAUCCUGCAUGUAUCACAGGUGCUAUCUUGUUUAUUACAGAUUUUAUGGUUUACUUUUCUUAAUAUACAUUUUUUAUUCAACUAUGCUACAGUAUGAGAGGCCUUUGCUUGUCCUUUGUUUUCUGUCCCCAGGGGGCAGCAGAGAACAGAGUUUGUGGACUGUGGACACUGAUUUUUAUGACAAGUUGCUAUAUAUGUACCUGUUUUUUAUCACUGGCUUAUCAAAGCUUCUGUAGCUGAAUGUUAGUAGCUGCAGAUGUGUUCAAUUAAUCUGUAAGAAAGCCAGCCAUAAAGCAAAUGAAGUCCAAUCAAUUUUAUUAAUGGUUGUUCUGUGUUAGAUAUAGUAUUGAAAGAGUUGCAAUUAAAUUCAUAUUGGUUUCAGGAUUCCUACCUUAUUUGUGCACAUUACAACUGAUUUGUGGUUCAUAUUGUGUUCUUGUGACUUCACAAGAGUGACUUCAGCAUAAGUAGGUCAAUAAUUACUACUGAGGACCUGUGUCAUAUUUAGUGUUGCUAUCUGAUCCGAAAUGACAUAUUCAGUGCUUCUGCCUUGCAGUGUCAUAUUUAGCAUUAUUGUCUUUUCUGUCUAAUAUUAUUUUGAGAAGACAUAUUUAGUGCUGCCGUCUGUUCUAAGAUCCAAGAUUUAUACUAAAUGCUCGUAUCAGGUAACAUAAAGGGGAUUGGCAUCAGCUCCAUGCAGUCUCUCCAUUGGUGUCCCAUAAAGCUCAGUACCUGGUUCUCUUUUUAAUUUCUUUCUACUCACUCUCUUGGUGAAGUUAUAUCCUGGUUCUAUUACACUGCUAUACUGAUAAUACUCAACUUAUCUUCUCUGUCACUCCCUCUGAUAACACAGCUUCUCCUCAGAUCUCAGGGUUUGGCUGACAUAUCAGGAUGGAUGGCAACUCAUCAGAUGAAACUCAAUCCCAGGGAAACUGAACUGCCGUUCAUCCCAGCUGAUUCAGAAUCUUGCAAUCUCCCUGAUCUGCCCUUCAGCCACUGUUCUCAACCUUGGGAUAAUAAUGGAUUGAGUCCUUUUCCUAACACAUUGUUAUUUGGACAUGUUCAUGUUGGUUUCAUUAAAACAUCAGAAGGACUUGUAAAGAGCACACUGUUGGAAGGUCUGAAUUACAAUCAGAUCUCUGCAAAUGAUCCAAAAUGCAGCUGUGUGACUUGUUACAUACUAAGAUCUCCAACAACACCCCACUGCUGUGCUCAUUAGAUUCAAAACAGUGAUGCUUCCCCACAAAGCCAAAAAUGGAGCAGCCCUCAUCCCUCAAGCUCUUAUCACAACUUGAAAUGCACCAAGCUCCCUCAAAUCUUCUAGCACUGCUUGACUGGUCCCACUAUCUCUCAGUGUACAAGAUCAGGACUGAAGGAUGUUCGUUUCAGUGGCAGCAGUUCUUGGAGCGACCCUGGGAACUGUGUCUGGAGCGCUCACACUCUGUGGCCUGUCACUGCUCUGCAAGAACUGCAAGAAGAACAAAUUUGACAGGGAUGACAGCGCAGACUCUGAGAGAGCAAAAGCCAGCAUCUUACACACACUCACACAGUUCAGUGUGCAGAAAUCUACAGAGCCUAUUCAGCCCCAGACUCUGCUCAAGUUCCCCAAGAUCUACAAGCCUAAACCAUCUGUCACAUCUCCUGAGGUAAAGAACUACAGUGAAAAUGCUGUGACCUCUGAGAAAGUUCUCACUAAGCCUGACAGCUGUGAUCAUAGACUGGAGGAAGAUAAGGAGGUCACUGCUCUCACACGGCAAGAUUCCACAGAUGAGACACCUUGUGCUGUCAAUCAAUCCAAUGCAAUUCCAAGCAGCAGCUCUGUGCUGCAUCCUAAACUGCAUUUCUCCCUUCGCCUGCACACAGAGAGCAGAGAGCUACACAUCACCAUCAUAGAAGCUGAGCAAGUAAGCAUGGAGACUGGCAGUGAGGGAUAUGUGUCAGGGUGUGUGAGUGUGUUUGGAGAACAGAGGCUUGCCCAGACAGCAGUACGUAAGCUAGCAUCAAGAGUGCAAUGGGGCGAGGCUAUGGUGUUCUCCUUGCCCAGUAGCUGUAGUACAGAAAGCACAGAGAGCAUGGAGGGAGAGGUGGCACUGACCUUAAACAUCUGUGACCGGUUCUCUCGAAAUACCACUCUGGGUACUGUGAGGUUCAAACUGGCGGAUGUGGGUAUGAUGUCAGAUGCCGACUGCUGGGUCAACCUGCAGCCACCCAAACAGAUCGAAUUGCAUUCAACGGGGGAGCUUUUACUUUCGCUGAGCUACCUGCCGGCAGCAAACAGGCUGGGAGUGGUGGUGAUGAAGGCACGAGGACUGCAGUCUGAUAAACUUAAAGACACUAUAGACCUGUCAGUGAAGCUGACUCUCAAGCACCAGACCACCAAGCUAAAGAAGAAGCAGACGAGGCGUGUCAAGCACAAAAUCAACCCGGUGUGGAAUGAGAUGAUGAUGCUUGAGCUUCCCAGAGAGCUACUGACCAAGUCCAGCUUAGACAUGGAGGUGCUGAACCAGACAAGCCCAGGCACACUGCUCCCACUCGGGCGCUGCCAGCUAGGGCUCCAGUUCUCAGGCACUGGCCUUCAACACUGGCAACAGAUGCUUGAUAACCCACGUAAACAGAUCGCCAUGUGGCAUCCUCUGCAUGCUUAAAAUAAAAUGCUAAAAACUAGUGUAUACAAUGCAUAGUUAAAUGUUGUUUGUUCAUAUUUAUUAGUACUGCUUUAUUCCUGUGCAAUAAUAUAGCUUUUUAAUGUCUAAACUAUUAAUACGUACUACUCCACAGGGUAAACUAUUACUGAUUCUACAGGGACAAUGAUAAACAGGUGAAUUUACAGAUGAUUAUAAAGUGAUGUAUAUACUAUUAUAUAUACAAAGUAUUUAGCCUUGGUGAUUGCAUUACAUUCUCUGUACCCAGCAAAGUCAAAUCAUAUUUAAGACCAGGCCUGACUUUGAUUUCAUUAGCCUUGAUUUACAUCUGGAAUGCUGUGAUUUGGUUAGUCCAUCCGACUAAGUGAAAGGAUUUUGCCUCAGGCUCUCAACAGGUUUUCUAAAAAUUAUUAUUAUUA